AAUAUCAUUAGUUUUCUCAGUGAAACAAAAUUAAAAGGGUGGAACCAAAUUUCGAGGAGAUUGAUUAAAGAUGUCGUCCAACAAUAACAACAAGUUCUGUGUGGUGGUUCUACUGGUGUGCUGUGCCUUCAUCACAGCCACGGUGGGCGUGGUCCUCAAGCCCAAUUCUUCUGAUGAUGAGGUUUGGCUCUUCGCGGUUAGUGACUAUGACAACCGAUUGGAAUAUCUGGACCCUGUAACACAUCAGAUCAAAGGAUACAAUGCCGACAUCAUCGAUGCAGUUUGUGACAUAGCCAACAAGAACUGUGAGUUGGUAUGGGAUUUGUACAGUAACUGUUGGUACAGCCGAUCAAACGAGAGAGCCCACGGCGGAGUCGGUCUGAUGGCCAAAUGGUACACCGCAUGCACAGGAUGGGUCCAAACCUAUGAUCGUCUUCUAACCUUCGACUUCACACGACCAUUCUCCCAGAAGGGGAAGGUCGCCCUCUACGCCCAAAGUGGAAGCAGUCAGGAUUACUCCGAUCUUUCAGGACUCAAAGUUGGUUUCCUAGAAAUGUGGUUCUCUGAUGAGGCUUGUCUGUCUCGUUUCACCACCGAUUCGUCCUUCCCCAUCGUGGGAGCAGAUCUGCCAUCCGAUAGCCAAAAGAUCACCUACGUUACCGCGAAAGACCUGAUCGCCGCCGUGCAGAAUGGAGAUAAAACAUUCUUACGGAAAGUGCCCGUAAGUUGUGAUGGUGGUAAUGAUGAAUGGAGUGGUAGCGACGGUGGUGAUGGCGGCGGCGGCGGUGGUGGUGGUGGUGGUGGUGGUGGUGGUGGUGGGUGUGUAAAAGUAGUGGUGGUUUUGACUGGUAGGGGUGUUUGGAGGUGGUAG